AUGUGCGAUGUACCUGAUGAUUUGUACAAGCUCGGUUUGGUUUACUUUGUGGAGGGGAUACUAUUGGGCGCUGAGAACGACAAUGCUAUUUGGCGAGAUUCAUUGUCGAUGGUCGAGGAUUUAGAUUGUUUUGAGAAGUAUCCAUGGGGAUCCCUUUCAUUCGAUACAACUGUGAAACAAUUCAAUAGAGAUAUGAAAGCGAUUGGUGCUACAAUACCAGGUAAGAAGGCGAAGAAGAUCACUGAGGUGGAGUCUUCUAAGGGUGUUAAGGUUGAGGCAAAGUAUACUUGCAAGGGGUAUCCACCAGCCUUGCAAUAUUGGGCAUAUGAGACGAUUCUUGAUUUACAGAAGGAACACACCAAGCCCUGUGGAUUCAAGUUCCCUAGGAUGCUACAGUGGGAGAGCAUAGGCCAGCCGAAGCAUUUGCAUUUGAAGGAUGUACUUGCGAGGGGACAUCCUGCACUAGAGGAUGGAAGACCUUACGAUCCUGAGGCAGAGGCUGCUGCGGUGGCUGAGAUAGCCGUUGAGGCUAGCAUAUUUGUGGAGGAUGCCCCGAAAAAGUCUACUCCAGAUACUAGUACAGAAUCUACUUCUGCUCCUGCUCCUGGGGCUUAUGAGGAGGUGUUGGGUGAGAUAGCCAGACUAUCAGGUACAGUGGACGAUGUUAAGGCCAGUCUAGGUAUCGUCCUUAAAAAUCAAGAAGUCAUAUUAGAGAAGCUGGCAACACUAGGUGGUAUACCUGCUCCUGCACAUACUCAUGCACCUACUCCAACAGAUGAUGUAGAGUAUGACAUUCUCCCCUCAUGUUACGAGCCUUCUGUUGGAGAAGCCACACCUUCUCAGCCAGUGCAGACGGUCUUAGGUAAGCGCACUAGACAGAGACCAGUAAGGUACAAGGACUAUACUCUAGCAGCCAAGAAACCAAAGUUCAAGGACCCAGUUACGAUCCUUCCUUUAAAGGUGUUGGAUCAAGAUAUGUUGACAACUUUUAAUCGAUGGGUACUCGGUGAGAUUGACAACAGCAGACUGAGGAAGUUGGAAUGUUGUGAUGGGACCCCUGUUUGGUUCUUGAAGUUGAAGGUGGCAAAAGAAUGGUUGGCAGAAACUCAUCUCGACGCUGCGAAUUAUCUUAUACGGAGACGUCUUUUUGAGUUGCUGAAGACGUACCCCGUGAAAGCCACCGUACUUGAUUCAUCAUUUGCACAAUAUAUUCCUGCUAGAUAUGAGGAAUUCAAGAAAAAUGGCAGGACUUACCAAUGGGACUCGGACAUUCUUGAUUUCCUGAAAGGAGAUGCCAAAAAGUACAAGAAGCCUUGGGGUGAUUGCAACGAGGUCUACUUCCACUGGUGCAUGGAAAAUCGACACUGGGUCCUUUGCGAAAUAAAUUUUACUGAUUGGAUGAUCACUAUAUUUGAUUCAGAUCAUUCUAACUUUAGCCAUAAUAAGUUGUCUGAGUUGAUCGAGCCUUGGACUAGGAUGCUUCCAUCUUUACUCAACGCUUCUGGUAUGUUUAAAGGACACCCUAAGUUGAAAAUAGCUAGACCGAAGAUCACUGUUCCAAACUUUGAUUGGCGGCGCAUGUCCACCGAUAUUGUCCCACAGUCUAGAACCAGCGGAGAUUGCAGCGUAUUCGCCAUCAAACACUUGGAGUUCAUUCUUGGAGACAUUCCCUUAUCAUAUGCCAUCGAGGACAACAUUCAGUACUUCAGGGAUAAAUUAUGCAUCGCCAUUUUUUUAUGAGAAUGUGUACCCUUGAUGUUAGAACAUUUAUUUUGAUUUUGAUGACACACAAUAGUAUAUUUCUCCUUAGUAUUGUAUAUAAAAAAUUUC